CAGAUGAGAACAUGGAAAAGCCGAUUUUCUAUUUUCUUCUUUCAGGAAAAGGGGGAAAAAGAAGAAACCCUUCUACUUUGUCUUAAUCGAAAUACGCUGACUAUGCCACUUCACCUCCCACCUUUUUCCAGCUGGACCGCUAUUCCCCUUCAUCCGCCGUCCUAUUUAUCCACCCCACAAACCUCCCUAUCCUCUUCUCCUCCCCCGUAGGUGCUUCCCUUGUUCUCUCUUCCUCCCCGCCUCCGCUGGUCCAGUCUCUCCGUACAAAGUAAAGUAAAAUGUGUAAAACCGCAUUUUACAUGAAGCUCGUUGGGUUGUGCUUCAGUCACCAGACACUCUUUAAUUGAAAAUUCAAACCCAUAAACCUCUCUCUUUCUCCUUUGACUACCACUUCCCUUCUUCACCCUCUAUUUAAACCCUUCUUGCUCCAUCAAUUUCCUCUCAAACAGAAACUUUAAAAAGAAAAAGAAAAAUGACUUCUUUUCUAUCCUUUCUUUCUUCUUUAACUCCAUAUUUGGUCACCUUUUUCGUUCUUGUACUUUUUUUGGAACAGAUCUCUUACUUGCGAAAGAAACGAAAUGCCCCUGGUCCAAACAUCGUCCUUCCCUUCUUGGGCAACGCAAUCUCAUUGAUCAGAAAGCCGACAAGAUUCUGGGAGCUUCAAGCUGAGUUGGCAGCUUCCGUUGGAUUUUCCGUUAAUUAUGUCGUCGGCAGAUUCAUCGUCUUUAUCCGAAGCACUGAACUCUCUCACCUUAUCUUCGCCAACGUCCGACCCGAUGCUUUUUUACUUGUAGGACAUCCUUUUGGUAAAAAACUCUUUGGCGAACAUAACUUGAUCUAUAUGUUCGGACAGGAUCACAAAGAUCUCCGCCGUCAGAUCGCUCCUAACUUCACUCCCAGAGCACUGUCAACCUACACCACGUUGCAGCAGAUCAUCAUUCUCAAACACUUAAAAUUAUGGGAGCGUCUUUCCUCGGAAUCGCCGGUGGAGCCGAUUUCUCUCCGCCUUUUAGCUCGCGAGAUGAAUCUAGAAACCUCUCAAACCGUUUUCGUUGGCAGGUAUUUGUCUCGUGAAUCUCGUGAGAAAUUCAGGGACGAUUAUAAUCUUUUCAACACUGGUUUAAUGAAGCUCCCGUUUGAUCUCCCCGGUUUCGCGUUCCGAAACGCCAGGCUGGCAGUUGAGCGAUUGGUCAAAACCCUUACUGAUUGCGCUGCUCAAAGUAAAGAGAGAAUGCUCCAAGGAGACGAGCCUUCUUGUUUAAUCGAUUAUUGGAUGCAAGAAACCGUUAGAGAAAUCACAGAGUCAAAAGCGGCGCCGCCUCGCACCGCCGACGAAGAAAUCGGCAGUUACCUCUUCGACUUCCUCUUCGCCGCACAAGAUGCCUCCACGUCAUCGCUUCUCUGGGCGGUGACGCUCCUCGACUCGCACCCCGAUGUUCUUCGAAAAGUUCGGGAGGAAGUUUCGAGGAUAUGGUCGCCGGAAUCGGAUGUUUUAAUAAGCGCCGAGCAAGUGAGGGAAAUGAAGUACACGCAAGCGGUGGCGCGUGAGGUGGUGAGAUAUCGAGCGCCAGCGACGUUAGUGCCGCACAUUGCGAUAGAGGACUUCCCGUUGACCGGGUCGUACACGAUUCCGAAGGGCACGAUUGUUUUCCCAUCGGUUUAUGAGUCGUCAUUCCAAGGGUUUACGGAGGCUGACCGGUUCGAACCGGAGCGGUUCUCGGAGGAGAGGCAAGAGGACGUGAUUUUCAAGCGGAACUACCUGGCGUUCGGGGCUGGACCACACCAGUGUGUGGGCCAAAGGUACGCCUUGAAUCAUCUGGUUCUGUUCAUUGCCAUGUUCGCCACGUUGCUCGAUUUCAAGAGGCACCGGACUGACGGCUGUGAUGAAAUCAUGUAUUGUCCUACCAUUUGUCCGAAAGACGGGUGCAAGGUUUUCCUCUCUCGGCGGUGCGCACGCUAUCCUAAUCUCUCUAUUAAUUGACCAAAAUGCCCUUCUUUUAUUCCCUUGUUCUCUUUUCUCCGUGGCUUGGUGCUCUGCUGGGGUUGUCGUUGUUUCCCACGUUCUUCAAGGGGUGGAACAGUCAAACGUUGUUCUCGUUAAUGAUUCUUUGUGUGUGUGGGGUACGUGUAUAGAGAAGUUGAUGAACGCUUCAGAUAUAUUCUUUAAAAAAAAAAAAAUUGUGUUGGAGACAUUGAUUGGGGGCUAAUUGGGUUGGUGUUUGUUUUAGGCGUCAAAUAAAAAUGUACUUCAAAACUUCAAUCAGAUUGUCCUUUGUAUCUCACUGUUACAUUGUUUCAUAGAAUUUGAUUCUAUUUUCAAUUAA